UGUAAAAUGUUUGUAAAAUUAUUUCUACAAACUUUUAUUAGACAAAAGAAACAAAUUAGAAAUUCAAUUAUUAAGCAUUAUAUUCAUGUGGACAACAAAGAAUCUAUGCUAAAUGUAUCCAUAUCGCAUGUGAAACAUUGUUUCAAACAACGCUGUUUAAAUGCAACAGAAGGAUAUGUAUGCAUUAUAGCAGAGUGUCCAAUAUGUAUUGAUACAAAAAAAGGUGCAAAAAUAUAUAUAAAUAAAACAACAGGAUUUUUUAUUUGUGAUCAGUGUAAAUAUACCGGUUCAUGGAAUAUAUUGGAAAAAUUUUUAUCAAUACAGAAAUCAAGUGAGAAAUCAAAAGAACUCGAUAUAUUAAAGAAAAGUUGUCAUGUAGAAGAAAAUUUUCAACAAAGAUGGAAUGAUAAAAUAAAAAAUUGUCAAAAUGUUGCAGAUAUGUCUACAGAAGAAUAUAAUAGUCUUCUCAACACUUUUUCAUUUCCUUAUGUUUUACAAAAAAAUAUAUCAGAAUUAAAUUGUUUCUAUGAAAAGGAAACCAAUAAAUUAUAUCUCCCACUAAUAGGUUUAAAGAAUUCUAUAGUUGGAUAUAAGGUACUUACCCCUGAGCCAGGAAAGGAACAAACAAUUCCUAGUUCUGGAAUUAGUGGGUGUAUUAAAUACAAAAACAAUAAGAAUAAAAGUGAUAACACUGCUGUGGUUGUAGGAAUGGUGGAUGAUCUACUAGCUUUAAUGUCAAAACAAUUAACAAAUACAAUCAUUUGCCUUUCUUAUAAUUUAAAAAAUUUACCUCAACAGUUAUUACCCUUUAUGGAAUCUUUUAAGAAAUUAAUUUUGUGGUUUGGAAAUGAUGAAACAAGCUGGCAUACUGCUAGACAUUUUGCAAAAAAGCUGAAUGAAAAACGAUGUUAUUUUAUUAGACCAAUAGAUUCACAGCCUCGGCCAAAAUUAGCUGUUGAAAUUGGUUAUGAUUUUAAAAGUAUUCUUCAAAAUGCUCAACCUGUGUGGCAUAAAAGUAUAAUUACUUUUCAAGAAAUUAGAGAAGAUGUAUUAAGUGAUUUGCAAAAUAUUGAAAAAGUACAGGGUGUAAAAUGGAAAAGAUAUCCAACUUUGAAUCGUAUACUAAAAGGUCAUAGAAGAGGAGAAUUUACAAUAUUAACAGGACCAACAGGAAGUGGUAAAACAACUUUUAUGAGCGAAUAUUCCUUAGAUUUAGCAAUGCAAGGUGUUAGCACUUUAUGGGGUAGUUUUGAAAUAAGGAAUGUACGUUUAGCAAAAACUAUGCUACAACAAAUGAUUGGUGCUCCUUUAGAUAAAAAUUUAGAAGAUUUUAAUAGGUAUGCUGAUGAUUUUGAGAAAUUACCAAUUUAUUUCAUGACAUUUCAUGGCCAACAAAAUAUCAAAGUAGUGAUGGAUGCGGUUGAACAUGCAACAUAUGUUCAUGACAUAGCUCAUGUGGUGAUUGAUAAUGUUCAGUUUAUGAUGGGAACAUCAGCUGAUUCAAGACAUAUGGAUAGGUUUUGGACACAAGAUAAUAUUAUAUCAAGAUUUAGAAACUUUGCCACUAAAAGUAAUUGUCAUGUAACUGCAAUAAUACAUCCAAGAAAAGAACGUAAUGAUGAAGACCUGACAACUUCUUCCAUUUUUGGGAGUGCAAAAGCAAGUCAAGAAGCAGAUAAUGUUCUUAUUAUUCAAGAUAAAAGACUUACCAGUGUCCGAGGCAAAAAAUACUUGCAGGUAGCUAAAAACAGGUAUAGUGGUGAUUUAGGUAUUAUGGUAUUAGACUUUGACAAAUUAAGUCUGAGCUAUGCUUCAAAAAUGAAGGUAAAAGAGAAAGAAAAAUCUACAGUAAAGAAACCUUUGACAAGUGAACAAUAAAAUGACUACACUGAAAGAAUAUUUUGUAAAAAGUAUCAAAUAAAUAUUAUGUUUUGUAUAUAUA